UAAUUGGUCGACUGUACCUUUUUGACUUCAUAAGUCUAGUAUCUAUUGAUUUAAAGUACGCCAUUUUCUUCAACAUCCUGUUUUUUUCUUAUUUCUGUUUUGAUAUUUUAAAUUUGAAGUAUUACACUCUUAUUGUGGCAUCUACUUAUCACAAAUAACUGCUUUGAAAAAAGUCUAAACCAUGGCUAGGGCUUUUCAGCUUAAGUGCAAAACCUGUCUUUUCAAAAAUAGUGUGCACCCACAACCAUCUGGUUCCACUAUAGAAAAUACAGGAAAAACAAUAGGAAAUAUUUUCCCGCGCGUUCCAAUACGACCCAACAUUAUUUAGAGAAGCGGUAAAAAUGCCAUCUCGAUGACCUAGUUAAAGCGUGCAGAUUACAAGAUUACGAAGUGAGGGCACUGUGGGUAGAACAUGGCUAAAGUUGCAUGUUUUAUAGUGCUUGAAUUCGUCCUAUUGUGCUUUGUGGCUGAUGUUAUCCUAGCGCAAGGAAGACCAUGGAAGAGAGGACGUGGUUUUAUGGGUAAUAAAUCACGUGAAUUUGAUAAUGCUGAGUCCCAGCUACAUCGAGAUUUGUUGAAAGGAUAUUAUCGUUAUGCACGACCCGUUGAAAGCUUUAAUGAAUCAGUGACGGUAAACUUGGGUCUCCAGUUGACUAACUUAGGAAGUGUGGACUUUCAGUGGCAGACUUUAUCCGCAAAUUUUUGGUUGAUGCAGGUUUGGCAUGACUUCCGUUUGACGUGGGAUCCAGCCGAAUACGACGGUGUUAAUACCAUAAGAAUGAAUCCGUACAACAUUUGGUAUCCGGAUAUUACUCUUUAUAACAAUUAUGGAAGCCAAUACAAAGAAAGCUCUCUAGUGGCAGUGUUUCAUGAUGGCACAUGCUUCUGGAUCCCCCAUGUCCGCUACAUAGCUCUGUGCAAUUACGACCUCAGCAAGUUUCCCUAUGACACUCAGUAUUGUUCUCUCCAAUUUGGAUCUUGGACUUACAAUGGACACGAGGUUAACUUGGUUCUCCAAAGUCAGUUAGACGUAAACCAGUCAAACUCUUUUUUCCUGCAGCAGUACCGCGGUCACUAUGAAUGGGACGUCAGCAAAGUUAACGAAUCUGUCUCAGUUAAAUAUUAUCCAUGUUGUCCUGAACCUUUUCCUUCCAUGGUGUACUGGAUUCGUCUGAAACGGCUGUCAACUGCUCACACAUAUAUAUUUGUAACACCCUGUGUCCUGUUAACAUUCCUCGUUCCUUUCAUUUUCUUGCUUCCUCAAGAAAGUAAGCAGAAGAUCCAACUAGGUAUUGGAAUCUUUGUAUGUCUGACAGUGCUCCUGUUAAUGUUACUGCAAACUUUGCCUGCGGCAUUUGCAAAACCUCCGAUCAUAGCUGUUUUCAUGGUGUCUUCCAUGGUGUUGGUUGCGAUCAGCAUCAUACUGUCUACUGUCACCUCUGGUAUGUGGACAAACAUUACGACAAAACGUGAAAUGCACUCUGUCUUGAGACUGAUCUUCCUUGACAUCCUGGGGAAAGCUUUAUGUGUAGAUCGCGGUGCUUACAACGUGGCUCACAGCGCCAAAUCUAAUGAUGGUGAUUAUGGUAAAGACACCCAGACCAUGGAGACCACGGACACAGCUGCGGUGUUGGCUGUCCCCAAGGUGACCGACGCAAUAGCUGGGGAGUGGUAUGCUUUCGUCGCCGUUCUCGACAGGCUUUUGUUCUUGAUCUUCUUGGUCGUAUCCAUAAUUGUUGCAAUUGCGUUCAGCGUGUAGAUUCUACAUAUUUAAAGCGAAAUACAGCUUGUUUGGGCUAGGUGACAGUCUUAGCAAGGACUGGUUGACAACCACAAAACUGAACUUAAGGCGUUUUUUUGGGGGGAUUGUUCUUCUUCUUAUUAUUAUUAUUUGUAGCGUGCACACGCAGUGUUGACAAAAAUCAAUAAUCAAGAGCAAAGCAAGAAUGUAAGCAAACCACUGCUGACUGCUUUCCUUUAGAAAACUUAAACCUUUAAGUUUAGGAAAAUGCAUUUGUGUGUUUUUCCUUACACCUUACCCAUUUUAUGCUACAGUAUUUUGUGGUUGUGCCACUUUGUCAAAGCUGUUCUCCCAGGUCAAUCUGUUGAUAUUAGCUAGAGUUCAUGAAACUAUAUCUUAGCAUGAAAAGUAUCGAUGUUGCUGUUAUUAUAGAUGCUUUUUUUCAAUAUCUUUGACAAAGAUAAUCUGUAGCAUUUUUAUCAGUAUCUUCUAACAUCGAAGAAAAUCAUCAAAGAAGGUAACUGUUUACGUAGCAUAACGUUUCCAGUUCCAGUUAAUCUCGUUCGGCCAUGAAAUGCAUCGGCAAAAAAUUGGUUAAUUCAAGCCAUGUACUCAUGCGUCUUUCAAUAUAUAUGUAUCUACACUUGCAGGUUUACUUUGAAUGACUUCACUAAAAAUUUUUUGGAAAAAAAAUGCCGAGAUGUCCUGUUGCCAAUGCCAAUCCAUGUUUUUACUUGGAUAUUCAGUUUCAGGCACUUGACUAAACAAAUCUGUGAGAAAAGGUCCUGUAUU